AUGACAAGUUAUACCUUUUUGGAAAGGUUUAGUACCUACGAGGAAAAAACGCAAAACUGGCCAAUGGACACAAAGAAAAAAAUUCCCAAAGGAAAGGGCUUUGUGACCUCUGACUUUUUUAGCACUGAUUUUGGCUCAAUCAUUGAGCAACUUUUUGUCACUUCUGACGGUUUUGCAGUACUGCUCAACGAGUUUGACUCUUGGUUUCUCCGACGGGAUCCCAACGGCGGCGAUCCGUUGCUCUGUGUAGCAGUAGAUCACAACCAUUUUCCCUACCAUCGAUACUACAAGGAAGACUACUUUCACAUCGAGUUUCGCAUCAUGGCUGCCAGAAAUGUACGCGAGGCUCACCAGACGGUGAUGAAACAACCUGGAUGGAUUCCCAAACCAACUUCCAUACCUGAUGCAAACCUUUUCACCUCUCCCAUUUGGUCGACCUGGGCCGUGUACCACAAGAAGAUUAACCAGUCGACGGUGCUAGAGUUUGCUCAACAGGUGAAAAAGCACGACUUCCCGGUAGCACAAAUUGAAAUUGACGACCUUUGGGAGAAGCACUACGGCGACUUUACUUUUGACGUUGCCAAGUUUCCCAACGCCACCAAACUAGUAGAGGAUAUUCGCGCUCUCGGCUACCCGACCACAUUGUGGGUGUACCCCUUUGUGAACUCGGACUCGGCUGCUUUCAAUGAAAGCGCUCCCCAUUUGACGCGCAACUCCAAGGGCCAACUAGCCGGUGUCACCUGGUGGGACGGUGUGGGCGGCAUCAUCGACUUUAGCACACUCAGUGCAGCCGAUUGGUUUGUGGGUCGGCUGAAGAAGCUGCAGGCAGAAACGAAGAUUCACUCAUUCAAGUUUGACGCAGGCGAGGUAGGCUGGUACGGAAGCGACUUUAAUUUUACUGACUCUUUUGUGGGAGAAAAUCCCAGUCUGAUGACUCUACGAUAUGUAUUUGCAUGCGCUCGAAUGGGCGGAAGCAUUGAAGUCCGAUCUGCCUACCGAACUCAAAAUGUGCCCGUUUUUGUGCGAAUGCUCGACAAGAACUCACACUGGGGCUUGGACAACGGCCUAAAGUCGCUGAUCACGACGGCGCUGACAAUGUCACUGGGCGGCUACUCCUUCAUUCUGCCUGACAUGAUCGGCGGUAAUGCCUACGGCCGCCAUCCCAGUGAGGAGCUGUACAUUCGCUGGGUGCAGGCAAAUGCCCUCCUGCCAGCGAUGCAGUUCAGCAUUCCACCGUGGGCCUACAGCCAGUCGACGGUCAACCUGACAAAACGGUUUCUCGAGCUGCACAAGCACCACUCAGCGACUUUUAUUGCGCUGGCAAAACGAGUUCAGCACG